AUGGAAAAUACCAAAUCAUUCCUAAGUAAUAAUUCAGGUGUAGCUAAUUCUGCUUCGCUCAUCAAGGGACUGCAAUUAUUUAUAGCAGAUCUAAGACUGUCUACUCAAAUAGAUGAUCAAGAGAAAAGAAUUCAUUCUGAAUUGAUCAAAAUCAAGCAACAGUUUGAGAGUAGUGGUAAACAAAAGGAUAGAAAUAGUAAGGUGAGUGGAUACCAACGUAAAAAGAAUAUUGCAAAAUUAGCAUAUAUUUAUAUUACCUCUAAUACUAAUAAACUGGAUGAUAUUCUAUUUGGUCUCAAAGAAAUUAUAAUUUUAUUGAAAUCAAAAGUAUACAGUGAAAAAUUUAUGGCUUACAUGACAUUAGAGAUGCUGUUUCAGCAUGAGAGUGUGGUGGAAAAGAUAGAGAGUGACAUUAUACAACAACUAUUGAUUGAUUUUGAAAGUACAAAUGAUGACCACGUCGCACUGGCUUUAAAUUUUAUUGGUAUUGUUGCUGGAUUAAAAAAUAAUCUUGCAUUGAAUAAUGAACUAGUAGAUGAAGUCUUUAAUAUUAUUAGGUCACCGACGUCAUCGUUACCCUUAAAAAAAAGGACUUCAUUAUCAUUUCUCAAUUUGUUGAAAACUAAUCCAACUUUAUUAACUAACAAUUUACAACGUCAAGAUCUGUGGAUUCAAAGAAUUAUAGCUUUAUUUGAUGAUCAGAAAAAUUACAGACUGAUGGUAUCUGUUCUGCCUCUUCUAACAUAUAUUGCAAGUUAUAUCGACACUACUUCAUGCACCAGAUUAGUUCCUCAGUUAGUUCAAACAUUAUAUGAUUGUAUUAUGGCUGGAACUUCAAGUACUGUUAAUUCUCAACUCUCGAAGGAAUAUAUGUUUGCAAACGUUCCUAAUCCUUGGCUGAUCACUAAGAUAGUUUCAUUACUCAACAUUUUAAUUGUUUCAGAUAAUGAGGUAAACUCAGACGUUCCAGGUGCUUUAUAUGCAAGUAACAUAGGCGAUGAUGUAUUAGGUAAACUCAGAACUUCUGUCUCAAAAGUCAUUGAGUUAACUACUAGAGAAACUCAUGAUCAGAUGGAGAAAAUGGUUCAAAAUACUAUCCUUUUUUCUUUAAUUAACUUCUCAUCAAAAUUAGAUACAACAGGUACGGCUACUAUUAAUUCUAUUCGUACAUUAUGUACAUUAUUGGUAUCUCCUGAGGUAAAUAUUAGAUUUUUAACAUUGGAUUCAUUAAUAAAGAUAUGUACUAUACGAGGCAAGAUAGCUAUUGAUGAAGUUUGUGUUGCUAAGAACUUAACUUUGAUUAUUAAAUUAAUGAAUUAUGAGAAGGAUGCUUCAUUAGUUAGAAAAAUUGUUGAUUUAUUAUACGUUUUGACAAAUACUGAAAACAUCAAGAUUAUUGUAAAUCAGCUCAUCAAAUACCCUAUGAAAUCAAAAAUUAAUACAGAUACAAAACUAAAAAGAGACAUUGCUAUCAAAGUUUCUGUCCUCACAGAGAGGUAUGCCACAGAUAUCAACUGGUUCCUUGAAAUAUCUUUAAAAUUGUUAUCAAUUUUGUCAAACUCUGCUUCACAAGAGGAGUUAAUAUGGGAAAGAUUGUGCCAAAUCAUCGUUAAUAAUCCGCAAUUGCAUAAAUUAGCAUGUGAAGAAAUAAUUGAGUAUAUGUCUACUAACAAUACUAGUGAGUCAAUAGUAAAGGCAGGUGCAUUUAUCUUAGGUGAAUAUGCAAAUUUGAUUUCAGAUAAAUAUGCAAUUGGUGAUCUUUUCAACUUGUUUUCUGACAAGUAUUUCUUAGUUUCCAAUGAAACUAGAGCCAUGAUUCUAACCACCAUACUUAAAUUGUACAGAUUUGCACCGGAGCUAGGAUCAGUAGUGAUUAAAUUUUAUCAAUUAGAAUUAAAUUCAUUAGAUAUUGAAUUACAAACGAGAUCUUACGAAUAUUUGAAAAUAGUACAGUUAUCUAAGAUGAACAAUGAUAGUAAUUUAUUAGAAUUUUUAUUAGCACCUAUACCGCCUUUUAACAGCAAAACGAAUCCAUUAUUAAAGAGAUUAGGUAACGUUGGAAAUUCUACCCCUACAAGUGCUAUGCCUAGGCCACUAAGUAGAUCUACCUCGAACCUCAGUCACCAAAUAUCCUCCCCAACAAGUACCACCUCGAAUUUUAAACCCAUCCCGCCUGCUUCAAGAUCUCGUAGUUCUACAACAUUUUCUAAAAACCAAUUUGAAUUUGAUAAUACAUCAACUAUGACGGAUAGUUUACAUACUAAAUCAACAAACGUGGUGAAUGUCAAUAACAAUAAUGCAAGUUAUAUGAAUCAAGUUCUGAUUUCCGAUUGGCAAACGAGUUUCAGUAGGAUGUUAUCAUUUAAACAAGGUAAUUUAUAUACUUCACCAUUUUUGAAAAUAAUGUUUAGAUUAGCACCAUUUUCAUCGACCACAACAACUAAUUUAACAAAUCCUGAUAAUCCGUACAAGAUAACGAUAAGUUUAAUAUUUUUAAAUCAGUCAGAAUGGCCAAUAAAUGGUCUAAAUACGGAACUAAUCCCAUAUAAAACUCAAGGUAACCCUGAAUACAUCAUCACUGAUACCAGUGCUAUCACUAGUAAUACAAUCCUACCACAGAAAAGAGUCGAGCAAUCAUUUUCAAUUACCAUAAGAAGACCAUUUGAUGCAAAUACUGCUCCAAUUAUGAUAACAAGAUAUACAUGUGGUGGUAGUGUGAAUAAAGUGACAUUAAAGUUAGGUAUCAGUACAUUGAGUCCGAUUUUAACAGCAAGUAAGCAAAUUAAUGGCAGAAGUUCAAUAUUAACAUUGUCAGAUUUUGUGAGUAGGUGGAGACAAUUAAGAGAAAAUAUGGAUAAAGAAGGUGAGUGCCAAUUAAACCAUUUAAUAUUAAAAGGAACAAAAAAUAUUGAAACAGUAAAAAAUGUUUUGAAUAGAAUAGGGUUCGAUAUAGUUGAUCAAACAAAUAUCCCAAGUACGAUAUUUUUAUCUACAAUAAUUCAUACAAAGAGUGAUGGAAACUAUGGAUGCUUAAUUAAAAUAAAUAAGAAUCAAUUAGCCAAUGAUGCAAAUGGAAACAGUUUUGAUAUUAUUUGUAAAACUACAUCAACGGGAUUAUUAUCCAAGUAUAUAGUUGAUACUUUACAGUACAUAUUAUCUUUAUAA